CGGUGACGUCAGGGCGUUGGGGCAGCUCCUGUGACAGACGGAGCUGGAGCGGCGGGGCGGCGGCGGAGUCCGGCGGCCGCGGUAGCGAGCGAGCAGCGACCCUCGGGGCCAGGGAGCCGGAGCGAGAGAGGAGGGGAAGCGCUCGGGCGCGAGCGACACCACCGCGAGCGCCGGGCCUGGGUUCGCGCCCCGGAACGGCUGAGGAGCCCGGCCGCCCGCUGGCCGCCCCUCCCCCUCCCCGGGCCCGGGCCCAGCGCGCCAGCCUCCCCCUCCCUCUCUCCCUCCCUCCUUCCUCCCUUCCCUCUCCCUCCCCCUCCCCCGCCGUGGAUGGGCGUGAAGGACGGAAGAGGCCCUGCGGCGGCGGCGGUGCAGCGCUCGGUGGAAUGAACCUUACCUGUUGAAUAUCUCCUGGUUACCAAUUGGAUUCACUUGUGAAAGAAUCAUUUCUUCCUGUGUGGAAGCCACUCAGUGGCACAUUUAAUUAGAAAUCCCGGAAUCACAACGCAUUUUUGAUUUCCCAGGAAGGGACAUACCACUUUAUCAGAUAAGCAGCCAAAAUGGUGCUGUCCCAGAGACAACGAGAUGAACUAAAUCGAGCUAUAGCAGAUUAUCUUCGUUCAAAUGGCUAUGAAGAGGCAUAUUCAGUUUUUAAAAAGGAAGCUGAGUUAGAUAUGAAUGAAGAAUUAGAUAAGAAGUAUGCUGGUCUUUUGGAAAAAAAGUGGACAUCUGUUAUUAGAUUACAAAAGAAGGUUAUGGAAUUAGAAUCGAAGCUAAAUGAAGCAAAAGAAGAAUUUACGUCAGGUGGACCUCUUGGUCAGAAACGAGAUCCAAAAGAAUGGAUUCCCCGUCCACCAGAAAAAUAUGCAUUGAGCGGCCAUAGGAGUCCAGUCACUCGAGUCAUUUUCCAUCCUGUGUUCAGUGUUAUGGUCUCUGCUUCAGAGGAUGCUACAAUUAAGGUGUGGGAUUAUGAAACUGGAGAUUUUGAACGAACUCUUAAGGGGCAUACAGACUCUGUACAGGAUAUUUCAUUUGACCACAGUGGCAAACUUCUGGCUUCCUGUUCUGCAGAUAUGACCAUUAAACUAUGGGAUUUUCAGGGCUUUGAAUGCAUCAGAACCAUGCAUGGCCAUGAUCAUAAUGUUUCUUCAGUAGCCAUCAUGCCCAAUGGAGAUCAUAUAGUGUCUGCCUCAAGGGAUAAAACUAUAAAAAUGUGGGAAGUACAGACUGGCUACUGUGUGAAGACAUUCACAGGUCACAGAGAAUGGGUACGUAUGGUGCGACCAAAUCAGGACGGCACUCUGAUAGCCAGCUGUUCCAAUGACCAGACCGUGCGUGUGUGGGUUGUAGCAACAAAGGAAUGCAAAGCUGAGCUUCGAGAACAUGAGCAUGUGGUAGAAUGCAUUUCCUGGGCUCCAGAAAGCUCAUAUUCUUCCAUCUCUGAAGCAACGGGAUCUGAGACUAAAAAAAGUGGCAAACCUGGACCAUUCUUACUGUCAGGAUCCAGAGACAAGACUAUUAAGAUGUGGGAUGUCAGUACUGGCAUGUGCCUUAUGACCCUUGUGGGUCAUGAUAACUGGGUACGUGGAGUUCUGUUCCAUUCUGGGGGGAAAUUUAUUUUGAGUUGUGCUGAUGACAAGACCCUACGUGUAUGGGAUUACAAGAACAAACGAUGCAUGAAGACCCUCAAUGCGCAUGAACACUUUGUUACCUCCUUGGAUUUCCAUAAGACGGCCCCAUAUGUGGUUACUGGCAGUGUAGAUCAAACAGUAAAGGUGUGGGAGUGCCGUUGAUUGAGUCUCAGUUGAUCCCUUCUCCCUUUUUCCUCUGGAUGCACUCUGAUGAUACCAUGGUUACCCCAUUGAGCUCCGUUUAAAUAAAUAUUGUCCUUUCAUGUAAAUUAUUCUGGAUGUAGAUUGAGCUUAUUAAAUGUUACACACAAAGUAUUCAUGCAUGGUGAAUCCAAAUUGUAUACUGUAAAUUUACAUACGUUGUCUAGAAGUACCAUAGGGUUUAAAAACCUGGGCUGGCAUUGGUCACACCAGGCCUAAGAAGGCAGAAGUUGAUUAAAUUGAAUUAGGGCACUAAACUGAAUAGUUGACAGUGUCAUUUUAUGUUGGGUUAUUCCUGUUUUCCUUUCUGCUCUCUGUUGGUGCCUGACUUGAUGGCCUCAUUUGGGGAAAAGUGGUGAUUAUUAGGGCUUUUCCUGAAAUGUGUAUCUAUGUAACAUCACUUAAGUGUGCUUAAUAAAUCUUCUUUAAGGAUGUUAGAUAAUAAGGCUACAAUUCAAAAAUCUUCUGAACCAUCUAUGUAAUUAAUGGGGAUUACACAUUGGAAUUUUGUCAUGACACAUUUGCCAAAUCAAUAGGAUACAUUUGUUUUGGCAGCCUAUUAAGCAGAGGCUUGUGGUAUAUUUAUGUAAGAAAAUGACUGUAAAUCUCAAAUGAGAAAAAUCUCAGCAGCUAAUAGAAAAUCAUUUGUUUCAUUUGGAUCUUAAUGCGCUGUAAACAGGUUUAAAAACACUGUAAUACUCUUAAGCUUCUAUUUUCCACACUGGACACACUUCUAGUUGUGUUCUUCAUAUAUUCCUAGACUGUAUAGUGAUGUGACUUCCAAGUAGAAUUUAAUCUUACAUUGAGUGUGUCAUGGUACAAAUCACUAUUUGUUUUGAUGUAUUUUAGGGAUGUGCAAUGUGCAUUUCAUAAUGACAAAUAUUAAAAGGUUAUGUCUGCCCAUUUUAAGGGAAUGGGAGAGGAUACAAGCUUGUUUUUCAACAUGAAUCUGAUAACAAUUUGAAAUGUGUUUAAUUUACAAGUUUAAAAAGACAGGGUUUAAUGGAGCGUGCAUUAAAAUGUACUGUGUUUUCACCUUUUGUUCAUAUAUAAAUGUUUAUAAGUAUAUGGGCCUAUCAAGAAGUGGAUAAUUUCAUGUAAAUUAUUACAUACAACCUCCAUGUCCUUUGGUCCUGUAUUUUUGAAGAAGUGCUAAGGCAUACAAGUAGAAUAAAUCUUGCUGUGGAAUACCAUGCUUUAGAAUAAACCCUCUUUUCAUCCUAAACGCAUUUGAAAACUAUGUCUUGACUCUGUGGGAGUUUUUCCCAGCUAAAUGAAACCACUUCUGUUCCCUUCCUUGCCCCCCUAAUUUGACUGUUUAGCAUUUUACACAUCCCUGAUACAUAUUAUAAUCCAGAGUUAAAGUAGUUCAAUGGGAAUUUUUUUAUCUCUGAUUUUGGGAAGAAAUAUUCCAUUGCAGAUUUAUUAGUAGAUAAUUUCAUUGCUUAGCUAACCAACAGUUUUUUUUUUAAGGUUAUUUGAAAAGUUAACAAAAAUUAAAUAACAAAGACAGUUUAACAAAUUCUGAAUUGCAUUUUAUUCAUUUGCAUUAUAGUGAUUUUUUAAAUGUCCCUUUUAGUUCCUGAAAAAGACAAAGGGUUAGAAUUAUGUCCUGUAGACACACACAGAUUAGGCCAUAUAUUUCCUAGAGGCAGCUUUAUAUAUCUAGCUUGUGUCUUUUUGUUUGCUUAUUUUUAGUAAUUCCUGAGAAAUGACUCUGGAAAGAAAAGUGUUUUAAAACUAAUGGCUCUUUUGAGGACAAAAAUCACAACUUAAGCUAAUUCCUUGAAUACAAUAGAGUAACUUCCAGGACAAUAUUGCCUCACAACCCUGCUCACAUUGAGAAGUCUUUUUUGUUUCCCCUUAGCUGUUCUGACUGGAUUUUUCUACAAAAGUUAUGAAAGAUAUCUUUGUUCUCGUUUGCUGCUAUUUCCUAUUCUAUUUUAAGACAUAAGUACAUAGAAAUGGUGCAUCUUAACAUUUGUUUGUACAUGUAUAAAUGUCUUGUAUCUUGAUUCAAUUUUAGCAUGUAGCAACACAAAUUGUUUAAGGGUAAGCCACAACAUCUAGAAAUCACUCACAAAUAUGAACAAUAAAGGGAAAAAAGGUACCGAAACAAAGCUGCUGUCCACUGGAUUUUUUUCCCCUGCAGCAUGCAGUGACUUUGUUGACCAAGGAGGAGAAACUGUGGCUCUCUAGACUGUAGAAGUUAUCUUUACUUGGGAGAUUGCCACAGCCUGCUGCUUAGUUGAGUUGCCAGAUAAUUCCUCCACAUAAGCAGCAGCAAACAUUGAAUCUCAGGGAUGGUCCUCAACAUGGAUCCACAUGUAGUGAACCCUGUUUGAAUCAUAAAAGGGGGUGGGGGAGAGUGAUCCAUCCACAAUCCGGAAUCCGAUUUGCAGAAGUUUCCUACACUGUUGUUUGACACUGCCCUUUGAUGCCCUUUCUUUGAUGCCCUGUUUCCUGUUUUCUCUGUCUGCUGUCUGACCCUGUGCCUUGCCUGGGAUAAGGACAAUGAUGAGGUUACUGGUUUGGAUUGUAAGUAGAGAAAUUUAUCAAUUGGUUUAGAGGUUCACUGCUGCUUUGUCACUUUUCUCAAUUCGGCCACUUAUUUAAGAACUAAAAAAACUAGUAGAAUUGCAUCUUCAGAUUAUUGACUUUUUGUAUGUGUUAAAACAACAUUCCAGUGCCACCCUAUAUAUUGUGCCCAAGAAGUCCUAGCUGCACUCUUGAAAGUGCAAGCCAUGGAAACUGGUUUAGACAUCAGUUGGAGAACGUUGCUUUUUGACAUGGCGUCUUGCACUUUAGGAGACUUAAGACCGUCCUGUUUUGUCUAUGUGUGGUGUGACCAAUGGUGUGCCCAGAGCACUGCUCUAAAAAUCCUUAGUGUUAGCAAGUCGUCCAGACUGUGGAGCACUCGCUGUAGUCUUUGGAAGCUUUGGCUCUAGAUCACCAAGCCCAGUCUCCUUAUUGUCAGUGCCCUGCUCUCCUGUUUGCCUCUUUGUUUUCUAUGUGAACUUCCAGGUAAAGUAAUGCAUCAAAUAGUUUUUCUUUAACUUAUUUAAAGAAAAACUAUUUAAAGGUAGAGGAUGUUUGUUUUGUUGACAGUGGUGGCUUGAUAAAUCCUGAAGCAACUGAAGUUAAAAUUGAAGGAAAAGGCACUUAAAAAUGGUUACUCUUUCUGUCCAGCUGUAUAUAAGUCCAAUAUAUUGAUCUAGAUGAUGCAGAGAAGAAUCACCUGGUAGAGAAACAUGCAAGAAAUUGGCGAAGAAGGUUAUGGUUUCUUUUUUCUAGUGGGGUGUGGGGGAGGGCAAGUGGAUUUACAAGUCAUGACUGGACUGACUGGCCUUUUUAUCUUUCCACUAUAUCAUGUAAGUAGCUGCUUUCUUGUCCUGCCUAUCCUUCAGGCAUCCCUAAAGCUCACUUGAAGAUAGAAAUACAAAAUCUUCGAGUAAAAGUUGGUUCCGACACUGACAUGAAGGCAAGCAUUGAUUCUUUGAACGUUGCAGAGGUGAUUGGAGAAAACAGUUCCCCGGAUUGUAAGAGUUAACUGAAGAUAUUGACACAAUUUAAAAAAAAUCAGUAAAGGAAUGUAUAUAAUAUUGCUCUUGUGUUUUACAGUAAGAUUUGUUGCUCUCAGACUGUGUAAAACAAAAUUUAUUCAUGUUUUCUGCAUAUUAAAAAAUCUUAUUGUACCAAUUGGUAAACUAUUAAAUGCCUAUAAAACUA